AUGUCAACUUCCCAUAAUUCAAACUCUUCCAAACAAAAUGCUCCAAACCAAAAUGUUAACAACGCCUACACACUUUUCGGCUACCAUCCAUCAUCAUCACCACCUUACUGGCCACAAAUGGAUGGUUUUCAUAGUUAUUAUUCACAAUUCCAAAUACCCCAACAAUUCCAUUUCCAAUAUCAACCUCAAACCCAACCAUCUCAAACCCAAUUUCCAUCCCAACCUCCAUUCACACCUUCAACCGAACAGGAAGAACAUGAAGAACAACAUCAACAACCUCAACAACAAAAGAAAGGGAAGGCUGAUCCGAGAAGAUAG